CGAAUUCAUCUUCGCUAGGAUCAAGGAUCUGAGUCUCUCUCUCUCUUUCUCUCUCUUUGAAGCUCUCACAACGAUGUCGAACGAGAACGAACCGGCGAAGCUGCUAUUACCGUACCUUCAACGCGCCGAUGAGCUGCAAAAGCAUGAACCUCUCGUCGCUUAUUACUGUCGAUUAUAUGCGAUGGAGCGAGGAUUAAAGAUUCCGCAAAGUGAACGCACCAAGACCACCAAUGCUCUGCUUGUUUCGCUCAUGAAGCAGCUCGAGAAGGAUAAGAAGUCAAUCCAGAUUGGACCAGAGGAUAAUCUAUAUAUUGAGGGAUUUGCCUUGAAUGUGUUUGGAAAAGCAGACAAGCAAGAUCGUGCUGGAAGAGCAGACUUGAAUACAGCAAAAACAUUUUAUGCUGCUAGCAUCUUUUUCGAGAUUCUUAAUCAAUUUGGAGCACUUCAACCUGAUCUGGAACAGAAACAGAAAUAUGCUGCCUGGAAAGCAGCAGAUAUAAGAAAGGCUGUGAAAGAAGGAAGGAAGCCCACAGCUGGCCCACCGGCUGGUGAUGAUGACCUUUCAUUUUUACCGAGUACUCCUAAUACUACACAUAAUGUUGGCACCAAUGAAACUACUGCAAGUCCUGGACCAGAAUCCGAUCCGUCACCUAGUUAUCAUAACCCUGUUGACUACCAUAAUCUCCCAAGCUCUCAUUCUGCACCUCAAUUCCAUGAUACUGCUAAUGACCAGCAUUUGCCAAACAUUCCACCAUCUAUGCAGUUUCAUGAUAGAGUAAACAAUAAUAAGCAUUCUUCCAGUGUUUCUCCAUCUUCUCAACCUUACACACCUUUCUAUCCUUCUCAAGAUUACCAUCCUCCUCCUCCUUCCCAAGAUUAUCAUUCUCCUCCACCCUCGCAAGAUUACCAUCCUCCUCCUCCUCCCCAAGAUUAUCAUCCUCCACCACCUGCCCAAGAUUACCAUUCUCCCCCACUUGCUAGAUCAGAUAGCUCUUAUUCCGAGCAUUACAACCAUCAGCAGUACUCACCAGAACACUCACAGCAUUUAGGCUCAAACUACCCUUCUCAAGAACCUCCAUCUUCGCAUUCGUAUCCACACUUCCAAUCGUACCCAAGUUUUACAGAAAGCAGCCUACCAUCAGUCCCUUCGAACUAUACUUAUAUUCAAGGGCCUGAUCCUUCAUACUCUUCACAGUCUGCUCCUCUUACCACAAGUCAUUCACCAAUUGCUCAGCAUAGUUCUGGGAACAAAAACGGAAAUAUAUCAAACACUCAGACAUAUCAGUAUGACAGUAACUACCAGCCAGCACCUGAGAAAAUAGCAGAGGCGCAUAAGGCCGCAAGAUUUGCUGUGGGGGCACUUGCAUUUGAUGAUGUCUCAGUUGCAGUAGACUACUUGAAGAAAUCACUUGAGUUGCUGACAAAUCCAUCAGCUGGUCAAUGAGCUUUCAAUGUAAAUCCUAGUGUGGGUUUCCAUUGAAUUUCUACCUAUUAUAUGCAUGUUCUCGCUUAUGUAAAUAUUGUAUAUAUCAUGCUAGCUUGCCGAAAUUCAGCAAACAUGACUUUAACUGGAAAUCUUGAAAUUUUCCCGGAGUAUGCUGUA